AUGAAGAAGAGAAAAGAGCCACAACGACGACGGCUCCGGAUUGCUCGAAGGAAAGCUGGACGAGCAUUGAAGGACCAGCCUGAGUCCGAGUCUGACUCCGAAGACGAAGAUGACGGAGAAGUCGAUGACGGAGAAGUCGAGAAUGCCGAAGUCGAGAAUGCUGAAGAAGAGAAUGCCGAAGACGAGAAUGCUGAAGAAGAGAAUCCCGAAGUCGAGAAUGUGAAGAAGAGAAUCCGAAGUCGAAAAUGA